AUGGCCAUGUUCAGCCAAAACCCGGUCCUGAAUGGCCCCAACUAUGCCUUGUCCGACGUCCCCAGACAAGCUGGCGAGCCCCGCGAGCACCGUUUCAACCCAUACACUGACAAUGGCGGCUCAACGCUCGGCAUCGCCGGCGCUGACUUCAGCAUCAUGGCCGGUGACACACGACACACGAGCGGAUACAGCAUCAACUCGCGCAUGGCGCCCAAGGUGUUCAAGAUUGGCGGCACCAACGCCUCACAAGACGACGCCACGAUUGUUCUCUCGGUGUGUGGCUUCGCGGCCGACGGCGACGCCCUGCGCGACCGCCUCGACACCAUCUGCAAAAUCUACCGUUACCGCCACGGCAAGCCCAUGACGCUCAACGCCUGCGCCAAGCGCCUAUCGACGAUUCUCUACCAGAAGCGCUUCUUUCCCUACUACACGCAUGCUCUGCUCGGCGGUCUUGAUGAGGAGGGCAAGGGCGCCAUCUACUCGUACGACCCGGUCGGCAGCUACGAGCGCGAGCAGUGCCGAGCCGGCGGCGCCGCGGCCAGCCUCAUCAUGCCCUUCCUCGACAAUCAGGUCAACUUUCGCAAUCAGUACAUUCCGGGAAGCGGCACCGGCCACGACUUGCAGGAGCGUCCGCGCGAGCCCCUCACCCGCCCGCAGGUCGAGACGAUUAUCAAGGACGCGUUUGACGGAGCGGCGGAGCGCCACAUUGAGGUUGGUGACGCGCUCCAAAUGCUUAUUGUCUCCAAGAAUGGUAUCGAGGAGGUAUUUGUGCCACUCAAGAAGGAUUAA